GAAUAACGCAGGUUCUGUGUGAACGUUAAGGCCAGGCUGGAUUGGUUUACCUGCAAGUCACGAGAGAAAAAAAAAUGGAGAGCAUUGGAUCAGUUUUGCUCUGUUGGUAUAAAAGGCAAUUUUCAGCAUUUGAUUUUCAUUCUGAAAGCUCCUUUGGAUAGGGUGGUUCAGAAGAGUUAGGAAUAUUUGACAAAUUGGACAAGAUUACAGCAUCCAGGACAAUGAAGAUUUUAGUGUUUUUAGAGCUGUUGUUAUUCACACAGAUAUAUGGGCAGUAUUACUCUUACCGUCGCAGCUAUUACAAUACACAGAGCUAUACGUUAAGUGGGCCCAAUGUUUGUUCUGUGCAAAGGGUUGGAUCAAAAAAGAUAUACACUGAAUCAAGAACUGUGCGGUAUACUUCCCAAGAUAUUUGUGGUCAAAGGCCAUACAAAGAGUAUGACUGUUGUAUUGGCUAUGAAAAAAUUCCUGGCUACCCAGGGUGCUCAAAAGCCACCCCCCUCAAAGACUUGAUGGAAACACUUGCUGAUGUUGGUGCCACAGAGUUCCUCAAUGCUGCCAGGUAUUCUGGCGUCCAGUACACCCUCUCUCGCACUGGACCAUACACUUUAUUUGCCCCAGUGAAUGAGGUCUUCAACAAGACCAGUAAAGACCUCAGAAGAAGGCUAAGGACCAGUCAAGGUUUCCAGUACCAUGUUGUAAAGAAUGGGGUAGAGCUGAAAGACUUUGAUGAUGAACUUGAGCUUGAGACACUGGCAAUUCCUGGAAAGGUGGUGGUCAACAACAAGGAAACUGGAAUCACCACUGUCAAUUGUGCCAGGAUAACUCGUCCCAACAUCCCUGCAACCAAUGGCAUCAUCCAUCUUAUCGACAAGAUUUUAGAUCGUUACCCAGAAACCAUCACUAAUAUCAUCUACCAAGACAAGCGCCUGCAGACCCUCCAAGACCUGAUAGCCAGAACCAGGCUGACAGACCCACUGAUGAGAAAUGGUCCCUUUACCGUCUUUGCCCCCACCGUGGAUGCCUUCAAGAAGAUCCCAUCUGAGGUCUUGACUAAUAUCCUCGCUAACACAGAGGCCCUGACUAAAAUUCUCCAGCACCAUGUUGUGAAAGGUACCAUCUGCUCUAACUUUAUUACUCGCAAGCAGACGUUGAAAACACUGGCAGGUUCAAAACUGGAGGCAGACUGUGACCGAAGUGGCGUCACUCUUAACAAACUGAAGGCAAGAAUAGUUGAACCAGAUAUCAUAGCGUCCAAUGGAGUUGUUCACAUGAUUGAUACUGUUCUGAUGCCAGUUGAAGCUAAAACCCUGCUUGAUAGAGCAGAAGAACUUGGGUUGAAGACAUUUGUGAAAUUGCUCAAGCAAGCUGGACUGGACAAAGACUUGGCCCUGUAUUCAUCUGGCCCAUAUACACUCUUUGCACCCAGUGAUUAUGCUUUCAGUGCAAUGCGAAGAGACAGAAGUGCCAAAGUAAACUCAGAUAAAGACUUUCUGAGAAAUGUGCUGAAUUUCCACAUUGGUUUUGGUAAGAUCAUGUCCAAUCAACUGGUGGAUGACACCACGGUGGACACCAAGUUGUAUCCACGGAAACUGAGGAUCAAUGUGUACAGAGCAAUACUGGGAUACAAAGAGUAUGACUGUUGUAUUGGCUAUGAAAAAAUUCCUGGCUACCCAGGGUGCUCAAAAGCCACCCCCCUCAAAGACUUGAUGGAAACACUUGCUGAUGUUGGUGCCACAGAGUUUCUCAAUGCUGCCAGGUAUUCUGGCGUCCAGUACACCCUCUCUCGCACUGGACCAUACACUUUAUUUGCCCCAGUGAAUGAGGUCUUCAACAAGACCAGUAAAGACCUCAGAAGAAGGCUAAGGACCAGUCAAGGUUUCCAGUACCAUGUUGUAAAGAAUGGGGUAGAGCUGAAAGACUUUGAUGAUGAACUUGAGCUUGAGACACUGGCAAUUCCUGGAAAGGUGGUGGUCAACAACAAGGAAACUGGAAUCACCACUGUCAAUUGUGCCAGGAUAACUCGUCCCAACAUCCCUGCAACCAAUGGCAUCAUCCAUCUUAUCGACAAGAUUUUAGAUCGUUACCCAGAAACCAUCACUAAUAUCAUCUACCAAGACAAGCGCCUGCAGACCCUCCAAGACCUGAUUGCCAGAACCAGGCUGACAGAUCCCCUGAUGAGAAAUGGCCCCUUUACUGUCUUUGCCCCCACCGUGGAUGCCUUCAAGAAGAUCCCCUCUGAGGUCCUGACUAAUAUCCUCGCUAACACAGAAGCACUGACAAAAAUUCUCCAGCACCAUGUUGUGAAAGGUACCAUCUGCUCUAACUUUAUUACUCGCAAGCAGACGUUGAAAACACUGGCAGGUUCAAAACUGGAGGCAGACUGUGACCGGAGUGGCGUCACUCUUAACAAACUGAAGGCAAGAAUAGUAGAACCAGAUAUCAUAGCAUCUAAUGGAGUUGUUCACAUGAUUGACACUGUUCUGAUGCCAGUUGAAGCUAAAACCCUGCUUGAUAGAGCAGAAGAACUUGGGCUGAAGACGUUUGUGAAAUUGCUCAAGGAAGCUGGACUGGACAAAGACUUGGCCCUGUAUUCAUCUGGCCCAUAUACACUCUUUGCACCCAGUGAUUACGCUUUCAGUGCAAUGCGAAGAGACAGAAGUGCCAAAGUAAACUCAGAUAAAGACUUUCUGAGAAAUGUGCUGAAUUUCCACAUUGGUUUUGGUAAGAUCAUGUCCAAUCAACUGGUGGAUGACACCACGGUGGACACCAAGUUGUAUCCACGGAAACUGAGGAUCAACGUGUACAGAGCACAACCCAGUAUAGAGGCUUCCAGUAUUGAAAAGGGAGACUUUGAGGCAGCCAAUGGGGUUAUCCACAUAAUUGACCGUGUGAUAUUCCCUCCAGAACAAACUCUGGACGAGAUCAUGACUGAAGAUGAGUGUUUGAGACCGUUUGAAGAGGCACUGAAGAAGGAGGGUCUUGCAGCUCAGCUCAGCCAGUCUGGUUCUUACACCGUGUUUGUUCCUACCCGCGCCGCGGUGAGGAGGGUGAAGAGAAGGCUGGACAAUAUGAGCCAUGACCAGCUGAAGAAGAUCUUGAAGAACCACAUUCUGGAAGGCGUGUACACCAGUUGUGCGUUCCAGGAAGGAACCAUUCUGCCACUGAAGAACCAAAACGGCAAAGAGCUCUCAUGUAGUAAAAGUAGGGGGCGCAUGCUGCUGUCAAGACGCGCAAGAGUGAGUCGUACAAACAUCAUGGCAACAAACGGAGUUCUCCAUGUUGUUGAUGAGGUUCUUGAACAUUAAAAACAGAUCUUGAACAACAUGAGUGUUACUUUGUAUCUCACAUUAUGAACUUAUUGAUGACUUUUGCAGUGGUUUACAUGAAAAACACUUAUCAUUAAAUAGAUAAUUUAUCUUAUUUGAAAUUCUGAGGAUGAGACGAUGCUGCAGUAAGAGCAGGUGCUCUAUAUUAUUUCAUGAUAUUAUUUCAUGAGUUAUCUGAGGGCUUCUGUAUGGUAUAUCAGCAUCCAAGGGACUUCAGUCACUUAUUAA